CAAACCGGCACAAUCAUGUCCAAGUCGGCGCGGGGGUCGGCGACGUCCCAGCGAGGCGCCACGGAGGAUGAAAGCCACAAACACAAGAAGUUUUCCGCGGCGAGUGAGGAAACGAUUGUGAUCCAUGUGUGCGAUGAAUUCCGCAAAGUAAACAAGGACUUUGUGUGCAACAAAGUGCUCCUUUUGGACAACAUGAAGUAUUUUAAAGCGUACCUCAACGACGCGAGCACGCACGAAGACAUUGACAUUUCGGUGCACUGCGACGUGAGCAUCUUCGAGUGGCUGUUUCAGUAUAUCCAUUCUGACGGCGCAAACAAAUCAACGUCGACGUUGGCAAUCGACAACGUGACGUCCAUCUUGAUCUCGUCGGACUUUCUUCAGAUGGAUUUCCUCGUCUCCGAGUGCGCUUCGUUCAUCAGUCAGCACUUGGAAGAGGUCGUGGGUAUGCCAGGCGACUUGCUUUGCAUAUCCGACGCGAUUCUCGACAAAAUUGCCGCCAUGUGCUCCGUAGAACAACUUGACGCGAUCGAAGCGACCAAGGACAAGCUGUGCCACAAACUGUACUCGAAGCGGCUGCAACGAAUUGUGUCGGCCCUGAAAGAGCAAGAUGACAGCAACAGUAUCAGUUCUGGCCCUCACGCCGCUGUCGAGUGCUGUGUACAUUGCGCUGUGGUGUACUACGCUGGACAUCGAAAAUUCCUUUCAUGUCGACGUGCGAAGUUGUCGAUUGGGGUACACGGCAACAUCGUCGCACACCAUGAAGCAAAGCCAGAUUGGAAGUUAGAUGCAUGGGUCAAGUCGCUCACAAUAUCGUUCCCGACGCGACAAGCGUUCUGGAAGGUGUGGGGCGCGCUGCAGUGUUUGUACUGUGCUGACUGCCGCGUGUACUUUACUGGCACCGAACUGAACGAAUGCUACUACCACGACCCGCACGAACCAACAAGUAAUGACGACAGCUGCUACAGUUGCUGCGGCGCCAAGCGCUUUGCUGCUUCAACACGGCCAUCCCCUGGGUGCAAGAUGAAGGCACACAACUACGCGACGUCAAUGAUCGAAUACUCGAGCAACGGACCGUCGGAAUAUGCCAUCCCAGAACUCUUGGAGCGAUUGCAUCAGCUUGUAGCGUCCCAUGCGGAUGUGAUCGCACGCGAGCCACCCGCGAUGGAGCCCGCGCCACAACAGCAGAUUUCUCUCAAACUUGGUGGUGUCCAUGAGAUGCUGGUCGCCGACGUGAAGCCCCAGAUCAGCAUGCUGGCCACGUGCGAUGUGUCCAACGAACUCAUGAAGGCAAUCAAGUCGAAUUUACCAGACGUGUCAACUCCACAGACGAGGAAGCAGUGGAAAAUCGACUUGUUGCAAGAGAAGGACCGUAUUCGAGUGCAAAUGCUGUCGUCGACUCUCACCAAGAUGCGCGUGGAGUACAAGGCGGCAAAGGGAUCCUAACCGUCCGAGUCGUUUGGCUGCUCAACAUUGUUUUGAUCGCAUGUUGGCAAUUUCGAGAUAAAUCAAAAUUUCUAUCGAACAGCAA